CCCCUCCCCUUUUUGCAAGCCACAAAGGCGCAGAGGAGGGCCGGGAAAGGACAACAACAGCUAGCUUAGCUUUACGGCUUAGCCAUGCCAAAGAGAAAGAACCCGUUUGGAGAGAGUGCUCCCAUUCAGCUCAAGACUCACGUGGGCUUCAACCAGGCCGCCACUAUCGCUGACAAACAAGCUGUGUAUGAGAGGACCAAGGCUCUACUGUUCAAUGGAUCCAACCCCGGAAUCAGAGGGGUGGAGAAUGUACCCCCUCACAUGAACCGACUGUUUGAUGAUUGUGCCCCCCUGCCGAUGGCCGAGGCUAUGGACACACCCCCUGUCUUACCCCCCUCCCCACAACAGCAGGGGAUACUACAAUACUUUACCAAUGGAGGGGACAUAAAAGUUACCGCUACUGGACCCACAUUAGCGUGUGGGAGUUGUCAUUGUGCUGCUGGUGUGGAGCUUGUGAUGGUGUGUGUGGGGUGUGGGCGGAGGGUGUGUGGUGGUGAGGGGUGCCUCAGGGAAUGCCUCGAGUGUCAACGCCCUCUCUGUCAAUUCUGCACUGUCCUAAACUAUAAUACAAGAGAUGUUCGAACUUUCUGCUUUGACUGUCUACCCGUAAUUAAUUGCUCAUAGCUAGCUCUACUUAUUCACUGUACUCAAUUACAAUACAUGAUUGUAUAUAUAUAAUUAUACAUUGCAUUAAUUCUCAUAUUCAUUUAAUAUCACAUUAUAACUUUGA